AUGAAGAGCGAAGAACCAGUGGAACAAAAGUACAAUCUGCUUCGUCGACCGCAAUACGAGAAAAGAUGUGAGAUGAUAAAGAAAAUUCCCAACUUUUGGUGUACUGCUUUCCUCAAUCAUCCACAAUUGUCUUCUAUAAUAGAUGAAAGCGAAGAACAAGCUUUGGCCCAUCUUAGCAAUAUUGAGGUUGACGAGUUCGAUGACAUCAAGAGCGGAUUCCGCUUGCGUUUCUUCUUCACGCCUAAUGAGUUCUUUGAGAAUGAAAAGAUUGAGAAAGAGUACAAUCUCGGUGACACUCCUUCAACGACUGGUACCACGAUACGAUGGAAGGAAGGCAAAAAUUUGGGCAAGAAGGGAGAUUCCUCGUCACCGCUUUCAUUCUUCGAAUGGCUUUCUGAAAACGUUGAUCCUGCGCAUGACGACAUUGCUGAG